ACCUUACGUAUUUGGUUUUCUAGGGUUUGCGAAGAUGGUUGGGAAGGAAGAAGAUAUGCGUAUUUUUGUCGGCGGUUUGUCGUGGGACACCACAGAGCGGCAGCUCGAAAACGCAUUCAGUCGCUUUGGGAAAGUUCUUGAAACUCAGAUGGGUUGUGUGAGAGAUAUAUAUGGUCAGUUGGAUCGCAUCGAGUUAAGAAGCUUGAUCAUUUUUGUGAUGCAAUUAAUGUUGAUGUUUCUUUUUUGAGAUUCACAAGGUUGGAAGUAUCAGCAUCAACAGAUGAUAACUGGACAUGUUUUUAGCAUUGUGUUCACUGGAUGCAGCAAUCGUUAGAUGCUUGUUGUUUGACACGGAUUCUUGUUUUCUGACAAGGUUGAAGUUUGUCAGAAGAAUUUUUAUUCAUGAAAUGAGCUUUGGUUGGUGAUGCACAACAGAACCCAGUCAUGUGGCUUUGAAUUCUCUGAUUCAAUGAUCAGCCUGACAUAAUGAUGUAGCAAAUAUUGAGAAGAUUUUUGCUAUUGUGAGCCACUUUCUUAGCACACAGAUAGGCCCUCUGGAUCCGAUACUGAAGGAAUUAAAGAACAUUAAUUGCAGAAACUAUUUGAUAAAAUACAUUGUGGUGAUGCCGCCUGGUGUUUUUUUGUUUUUCCUUUUUUGUUUCGUUUCGGUCCGUUAGAAAGUCCUUCAUGUGUGAAGUUGAAUGCCAGUCAUAUGUUAGCUUACACGUCCCUCUGAAACACAGCGAUGAGAUGGUUGCAUACUUUGAGAUGAACAAGAUCUGCAGCUGGAUGAUGUGCCAUUUGUAGACAUUGUUUAUAUGACGUUCCAUUUCCAGAGUUCAGGGGCUUUUUUUAGUGCUUCAAAAUUGCAUGUGAUGUUCCACAAUUUAUCGAGUCUUCCCAAAGAAAUCUACCUUAUAUGACAUCAUUAUUUCACCCCCUAGCCAUUUCCAUCAAACUGCAGAACAGAUCAAAUGCCCGAUGCCUGAUAAAUCGGUUAAGUGUGCUUACCUGAAAGGUCCCUAUUGAUUUUUUUUUUUUUUUUUUUUGUUUUCUGUAAGAAUGUCUUCUGUUGGCUGACCCCUCAAAGUUAUUGAGAAGUUCAGAUGCUGAAUAUAAAAGGAUACAAGUGUGUUUGAGGCAUUGGCUGUUUUUUAUGCUUGUUGAUGCAACUGAAUAUUUCUGCAAUUCUUUCUUCAAUUGGCGGCUUCUUUAUGGCAAGAGCUUCAGUUCCUGCUUUUCUGUCUCCGUGCAAGAAAUCUGGUUUGUUAUGUGGUUUUUUCUAGUUUGAACUUCUGCAGUUUGUUGCUGGAACUCUGAGGCUAAUAUUGCUCAAUGUUUCCUCUGAAUGUGGUCGGGAACGAUUGGUGAUUGCUGCCCAAAAUAGCAUGGUUACGAUCGUAUCAGUUCUGCCUCUUCUUUAAUAAGAAAAUAAACUGUACUAUGGUAUUUCCGCUUCACUUUUACAAGUGUCCUCUCAGAUUGCUGAUGGAGCAUGUCUCAUUUGGUGUAAUGCUAUUUGGUGAUAUUCUGAUAGAACAAUUUCAGCUGUUAACCUGAGUUUUGUUCCUAGCAUUUCUUGAUUGGUGUCAUCAGAUGGGAGAGUUUGACUGAUAGAUUUAUGAAUCAAUCUGAGAGAAGAGGUUUUGUUCAAGAUGAUUCAAUUAAUUUGGACUGCAGGUUGAAAAGGAAGAUAACAGGAUAGCAGCCUGCUGGCUCCAAUAAGUUGUUUGGAAGAUAGUGCAUGUGUUUGAAAGAUGUUCUGUUACUUCAAUUUGAUGUUAUUUGAAAUAUGCUGAAUACGUUGGAGAAGUGCUUAUCAGAUUCUUUUGUUCUGGAACUUGUCAUCCCAUGGGUAGCCAUUUAUCAGAUUCUUUUCUCUGGUUUGUGUAAACAAAAUUCUUUUGUCACUCCCAAUCUGUGAAAGAGUCCUGCAAAUUAUCUGUAUAAGGUUUGGGUGAUCCAGUGAAUGAACCAUUGGUUGAAACACUUGCCCUAAGUAUUGAGGCCUAAUAUGGGGCUCUUCACUGCAUUGAUAUCAUGAAUUUCGGAGAUUAUAGAUCGAAUUUCGGGAGUGCUUGUCAGUCGGGUUUCAUAGUUGGAGGAAAGUAAUUGGGUUAUUUACGUGAAUAAAUGUUUAAUCUAUCUGUUCUUUUGCGGCUAAUUCUUGAAAGUUGCAUCAGUCGGUCCUCUGAUCAUGAAGUGGAACAAUUGGAUUUUUGGAAACAGCUGUCCAUGUCCUACUGUGUUUUUGUAGUGCGAGAUGAACAGAUUGCAACUUAAUCAGUUUGAGGAAGUAGUACCAUUUUUUGGUUGUACAUCAGAUUAAGCAGCUAUUUGAAAUUAUGUUAGAGGUGAGAUACAUUAGAGUGUUGGUGCUAUCCAGAGGUUUGUUUUAUUAUAGUUCAUGGACAUGAAUUCACUGGGGAUAACAGUUUCAUGUAUAAUGUCAGAUUACAGACACGUUCAGCUGUGCAGAUCCUGCUAUCUUGAAUCAUGUUGGAAAGAGAUACAGGGCGCCCUCGUGGAUUUGGAUUUGUAACCUUUGGAGAUCACCGGGCAAUGGAAGAUGCAAUCAGAGAUAUGCAUGGAAGGGAGCUUGGUGGCCGGGUCAUCACGGUGAACAAGGCUGAGCCCAAGAUGGCAACUGAUGAUACUGGGCAUGGCUAUGGUGGAGGCUACUCAUCUGGUGGCAGGGACAGCUAUGGGGGUGGAGAUAGGGCUGGUGGACGAUCCGACUGCUUCAAGUGUGGGCGCCCAGGGCAUUGGGCACGGGAAUGUACAGCUGGAGGUGGUGGCCGAUUCUCUUCCCGUCCUAGGUUUGGUGGUGGUGGUGGUGGCCGUGGGGAUCGCUUUGGAGGAGACCGUUAUGGUGAUCGCAACAUUGAUGAUCGUUAUGAUGGCAGACGCUCUGGAGACAGAGACCGCUUUGACAGCAGGGACAGAAAUGGGGGCCGUGACCGCUAUGCGAGUGACUCGUACCCUUCUGGUGGGGAUCGCUUUGCUGGUGAUCGGUAUGGGGGUUCUGACCGAUUCCCACAGAAUGCAUAUGGAAAAGAUAGAAGUAGCUAUAAGGAUGGUGGCCCAAGAGGCAACGACAGGUAUGGGGGCGGAGGCCCAACCAGGUAUGGGGGAGGAGGCUACCGGGAAAGGCCAGGUCCAUAUGAUCGUCCUGCCAGGGGAGGACGCCCAUCUUCCUAUGAGCGCUACUAAGGUGGUUUUGCAGUUCCUCUGUUUUUGGGCUGUUUUAGAUGCUUGUAUCUAUGUAGGGUACUUGUUUUGAUUUCAGAUGAGAUGCUGUCUCCUUUUGUUGUUUCUUGUUGCUUCUGGGAAUUGUUAUUUUCUUUCUUCUAUGGCUUACCUCCCUAGUUUCAAAAUUUUAAUGUAGAAAGUGAACUAGUUACUUGUAUUGAAUUCAUGGAAUUAAACGGAUUUCUCAGGUCA